ACUUCACACUAUUCUCUCUCAUUCUUGAAACCGAAUCUGAAGUUAAAGGCUGAGGGAAAAUGGCCCAUUACCAUGACGACGAUGGAAAGAAUGAUGAAGUGGAGUUUGUCCGAACUGGCUAUGGGAAGGACAUGGUCAAAGUUCUCCAUAUUCAGAGGGAUGGAAAAUACCACAGCAUCAAAGAGGUGGCGACUUCGGUGCAGUUGACUCUGAGGUCCAAAAAGGAUUACCUCCAUGGUGAUAAUUCCGACAUCAUCCCUACAGACACCAUCAAGAACACAGUGCAUGUCCUGGCAAAGUUCAAAGGGAUCAAAAGCAUCGAGACCUUCGCUAUGAACAUCUGCGAGCACUUCCUCUCUUCCUUUAGCCACGUCACCCGAGCCCACGUCUACGUGGAAGAGGUCCCCUGGAAGCGUUUUGAAAAGAAUGGAGUCAAGCACGUCCAUGCCUUCAUCCACACCCCGACGGGAACUCACUUCUGUGAGGUGGAGCAGAUGAGGAACGGACCUCCCGUCAUUCACUCUGGAAUCAAAGACCUCAAGGUCUUGAAAACAACCCAGUCUGGAUUUGAAGGAUUCAUCAAGGACCAGUUCACUACUCUCCCUGAGGUGAAGGACCGAUGCUUUGCCACUCAAGUGUACUGCAAGUGGCGCUACCAGAAUCGGGACGUGGACUUCGAGGCUACCUGGGGCGCUGUCUGGGACAUUGUCCUAAAGAAAUUUGCUGGGCCCUAUGACAGAGGUGAAUACUCACCUUCCGUGCAGAAGACCCUCUAUGACAUACAAGUGCUGACCCUGAGCCAGUUUCCUGAGAUAGAAGACAUGGAAAUCAGCCUUCCAAACAUUCACUACUUUAACAUCGACAUGUCCAAAAUGGGGCUGAUCAACAAGGAAGAGGUUUUGCUGCCUCUGGACAGCCCCUACGGCAAAAUAACCGGGAUGGUGAGGAGGAAGCUGCCUUCCAGGCUGUGACGUAUGGCUCCAGCCAGUUGUGAUGCUUGGGAUAACUGUGUGCUCACCUGCAAAAAUUUCCACUCAGGAUACUGAUUGCUCUGCUCUGUGUGAAGUAAUUGCUCUUCUGUUCCUAGUUUAGCAAGGAGCUUGUAGCUGUGUGCAUGUGGACCCCCGCAUUAGCAGACACAGCAGGCUCCGUGGCCUUGGGCAGAUUCCUUUAAAAGUACCGGGCAGUGAUCGGAGAAUCACAGAGAUAUUUCUCCUUGCUGUUCUUGUGCCCUCUGCCUUAGACUCCGUCUUUAGGAUCCGAUCGUUAAGGAAACAGUCGUAAAGCACUGGCUGCUGCCACAUCCGUUGAUCUGAACACGAGAUCAAACACUGUCAUCAUCCUAGGGAUGUCUGGGUUGUACCAAAAACGUAAUAAAACCAUGUGAAAAAAAAA